AUGUCGAAGAGUAACAAACGUCGUAGAUUGGAUUUUCCGGAAGUUAAAGGAUGGGUGCCAUAUAAGCCCUUCUCAAAAAAUAAGGAAGAAAUACUUAAGGGAUUGGAUGAAAAGUCUGAACGUGUUGAUGCACCUGAAAAUUGGAAAGAACCGAAAUUUAAUCCGGAAGAUAAUCCCAAUGGUCGCCUUUACUCACAGUCAACUUUCUCAACGCUUUUUCCACAGUAUCGUGAAAAGUAUCUGCGUGAAGUUUGGCCGGCUGUUGUAAAAAUUUUGCGCGAACAUUAUGUCAAGGCUGAGCUGGACCUUGGUGAAUCUACUAUGGCUGUUCAUACGACCCCCAAAACCUUCGAUCCAUUUAUAAUUUUAAAGGCACGAGAUAUGAUUCGUUUGUUGGCCCGUUCCGUUCCUUUUGAUGUCGCCGCUCGGGUUUUAAACGAUGAUAUGUUUGCUGAUAUUAUUGAAAUCAAGCUCAAAAACCGGGAAAGGUUUAUUAAACGACGAAAUCGAUUGAUAGGCGAUGAGGGCAAUACACUGAAAGCCAUUGAACUCUCAACCAAGUGUUACAUUAUGAUUCAAGGAAAAACCGUUGCGGCUGUUGGACCCUAUGAUGGACUUAAAAAGGUACGACAGGUUGUGAACGGAUGUAUUUACGAUAAUAUCCAUCCGGCCUAUCACAUAAAGCGUUUUGUUAUUAUUCAAAAAUUGAUGUCGGAUCCCAACAAAAAGAGUAUCUCCUGGGAAAAGUUUCUGCCGAAUAUCAAGAAGAAAUCCCUCAGUCGACGACGAAAGCCUCGGAAUGUGCGAAAGAAGGGCGAAUACACGCCGUUCCCACCACCACCACAGCCGUCAAAAGUGGAUAUUGAGCUGGAAAAAGGCACCUACUUCUUGGCGAAAGCAGAAAAACAACGAGUCAAAAAACAGGCAAAGGUGGCCACAUCGGAAGAGACUUCCAGAAUCCGUCAACGAGAGAAGCAUGUCAAACAUUCCGUCGAAAAUCUACCUAAUAUCGUCCAUUCAGCCUACAAAUGUCAUAUCCUUCAACAUUUUCCAGAACACAGUCGCAGUUUUCCUUUCUCUGAUGAAUCCACUGCUCUGGUCGUUAUGCCAAACGGUCUGCGCUUCUUCACGGAGACACAUCCAUUGCUGCAGAAGGCACGGGGGCCUUUUCGCCACGCCUUCAUCAUCACCCGAGAAGACGGCCAACGAGUGUUCGGCUACGCUAUCCUCUUCCCCGAAGAGGUUACUCAUCCGGCAGUCAAGGCUACCUUAAGAGAACGACAGAAGGCUCUGGGAUCCUCCCCCGACUCCGAGUGCCGCUUCUUCACCAUGAAGGCAGUAGGAAUCCUUUCACGCUGGGCAUUUGUGAGUGGAUUUUUCGGUUGGUUGGAGGAUCUCUGGUCCAGUGUGUACAGGAAGCAAAUGGGUGAUUUGACCAUCGAGUCGUUUGUCUACAAUCUCCUCUUUGAGGCACAUCUCGCUGAGCCUGGCCAAUGCAGCAUUGUCUCUGGACCCGCUUGUCCGCACUUCUUCUUCCGACCAUCUAAUUAUCAUGGGGAGGAUGAGGCUCGUUGUGCAAUGUCUAGUUGGCUCCCAGUCUUUGAGUAUCCCCUUGUUCAGCUCCUUCAGCUCUUCUCCUCCAGUAACUUAAUCCGACUCUUAACCUGCGCCUUCCUUGAGCACCGCAUCGUCCUCCUCUCUGCUGAUUACUAUCGGCUGAUGGUAGUCGCCACACUAACUCACUUCCUCGAUGCUCCUGUGCCGUACAUUAUGGGGAUGCGUUUUCAGCACCCACCUAUGCCCCCGCAACCGUCACCGUCGCAACCAGUUUCUGCAACAGGCACUCCGCGUGGUUCAUUGCCUUCACUUCCAUCCUUCUCCAACUUUGGAUUGGCUAGUGAAGCUAACGUCUGCUACUUGGACAUCGAUCAGGGUGCUGUCCACUCCACGGAUGUGGACUUGCCGACAUUUCCAAACUCCACUGAAUUACAGCACAACAUUGAGGCAGUCCUAGCCACUUACCAGCAUCAGCAACCCAACAAUCAGAACUUAGAUCGUUCCCUGGACUCCAAUUUUAUCACUACCUCCACGCCUUUACCGCGUAGCCAGUCGGUCCCACGAAACCCAAGCUUCGAUACACUUUCACGACCUUUGCCCAGACCCACCUCGGAGGCUCUGUCGAUUUCCACGGUAAUCAAACGACCUCAACUGGACCCGAAUCUACCAGUUAUGCGGCGAUCCGCAUCUUACCGCUUGAUUGAGCAGAUUGCAGCAACAAAUGUCGUCGAUUCCGAAGGACCUCCACAAAACUCCCUCGCAGAUACUGCGAUUGCCUCCUCAACGACGAGUUCCGAUCCCCCAAAGAGUGGAUCAUAUCCCUCCGAGGAGUACUUCUCAUGUAUGCGGGAAAUCGCUAAUGAAAUGGUUUCUCGAAGGGAGAUGGCAGACUAUACAGAGCUACUCAAAUUUAACUACGUCCUGCGUGAUAUCUUUUUAAAUCACCUCGCAGAAAUAUUUGUCGACUUUGAGACCUUUGUAGUGGUUGGACACAACAGUAGUGAUGGCUCUGAGGAUGCAAGUGGAACUGGAAGUUCGGGUCUUCAAGCCUUUGAUAAAGUCGGCUUUCUUUCGGACUGCCCUGAAACUCACAUGUCCUUUCUCAGUGCCUUCCUGGAGACUCAAAUAUUUGCCACCUUUUUGGAUGCCCAUGUCGCAACGCUGACAGUAAAUCAGCCUCGACGUUGCGGCAAGUGCGGAAUGUCACGUGGUGGAGGGUUUCCAUCCACUGCGUCAAGUUCUCAGCCGAUUGUGCCACAGGUUUCUUCAUUUCUGGCUCGGAUUCGAGCCCUCAAAUUCCAAGCCGCGGCAGAUCAUCAAAGACCCGCCACUGAUCGUCUUUUGCGCAAGUCCAUGCACCAAUCAGCAACGCACACUCCAGACGUCGAUCGCGGCAGGAGGAGAGAUCGAUUUGUUGAAAAUAUUCCAAAAUCUCCACUGGACGGCGUUCAGUUUUGCAGUGUGCCGUCGCCUCAUCCCCUCUUCUCAAAAAUAAAUCCCUCGUUUUCUACGCUUCGGCGUUCACAUCAGCCGGGUUACUUUCGCCUUCUGGAGCGAAGCUUUUUGAGCAAAGCAUCGGCCAACCGUCAGUGUGGAAGUGAGUCGCCACCUCCUCCACCACCUUCUGGAAUGGCCAUCGUGCCCUCACCAUUGCUGACAGAGGAAUCGACAGUAGUAGCGACGACCAGGCUAGAAGAAGAGAUGAUGGGGGUGCCAUCAACGAGAUUCCAGGUCGGUUGCGGUGGGGACGAGGCUCCGAGAGCGGUACUCUGCGAGCAUUGCUUGGCACCGCAGGCUCUGUCUCCGCCCACGCUAGAACAGUCCUUAGCUAGUGGUCCCCAGUCCACCGCAUCUCGCACCAUCCAGCUGCGAGGUCGCGACGGACUAACGCGUCUGUUGACAGGACCGUGGCCCAAUGGACUCGAGACGGGCUCUCUGUCACCCUCGAUGGCCCAGGCCCACUGGGACUUUGUUGACUCCCUCCUAGAGGAAUGCAAACACCGGACGAAACGGAUGGUGAUCCAGAAGAUGGGUCAAGAGGCGCUACAUCUGGGACACAACUACCAAUCGGUGUCGGAAGUGGAGGAGAACACUCUGGUCUCCGGGCUCUGUGACCUCCUUGAGCGCAUCUGGUCCCAUGGCAUCCAGCGCAAACAUGGUGCCUCCGCACUGUGGAUGCAUAUUUUGGCCUUCGUGGAGCGGAAUACUUGUCCCUCGCUCUCAUCCCUCGCGGUGUCCGCGCGCGCCCCCACCCACUUACCCGACCUUACCGGCCGCUUGCCUCGCUCACCCUCAACUGCUCUAGGCUCGAGGAAGUUUGACAGCCUACCACUUCGCCUCACCUCAACGACGAAUACCUCCGAGAUCGUUGCUCUGUCACCCCCCGCUACAGCACGCGUACGUCGUUCGCUGUGGGCACCGACGCGUAGUCGAUCUAGUACACCCGCCGUGCCCUCCUCCGACUCCCCAAGACCCUCACGCCUACCCGAUGAUACGCUGGUUAUCUCGGUGUCAUCGCUCUUUGAUGCUGGAGGCUCUUCAGUUACAGCAUUAUUGGACGACGUGGAAGCGGUUAAAAGUGUCGCCUCCUCUGCAGGCUACAAACUCUGCACAAACAUCGGACUUGCUAGGGCUUUCGUUCGACUGGCGUUAGAGAAGAAACGGCUCUCGGCCUACCUCAAACUUCUCCUCUCCGAUGCUGUACUUUUAAGGAAGCCCAUUUUUAUGCAUCUUUUUUCCUCUUCUGGCAGAGAGCUCUAUUCUCGACACGCCUUUCUUCGGUGCGAGGAGGAGAGGGAGCAGUUUUUGGUUCACCUACUCUCCCUGGACGCGGUGGACUACUUCUCGUUCACACGGAUGUUGCAGAAAGCGGAGAUGCUCUACCGGGUAGCUAUUGUGGGUGGAGGAGGUGGGCGCGCUCGUCUCCCUCUGGCCUUUUCAGCCAACGCUUGGGUGUGUCUACGUGGACAUCUCGGCAGUUCGGGUCAUGUGCCGCUUCCUCGCGCUUCGCCAUCCUAUGUGGAGUUCCGGCACCAAAACCUGGGUAUAAUCAACACCCUCUUAAUUGGCCAUGAUAACGCCGGUUUCUCACCCAACAUGUUCGUGGAGACGGUACUUGUUGUCACACCCUUGACCAACCAUGCUUACUUAUUCCCAUGUGGUCAUUGGCUGGGUCGUGGAGUUGAGGACAACAGUUGUGAACGCCUCCUAAUCGGCCAAAUAGCUCGAGUCACUAAAGAAGGAACCAUUGUGGUGCCCCGAUCUGCAGAGCAUGCGUCUGUAGAAAGUGAAGAAGCAGCCUCUAACUUGGCUACUCCACUAAUGCGACUGUACUCCGACACGAUUCUCGAUCCUGUGACUGGCGCGGUGCUGGAUAGACUGGCGAAUGCAGUAAAUCGUCUGGCAAAGCACUUUGCCUGUGCCAGUCGAGUGGAGGCCACAAUAUCUCUAUCAGCAUUGCUUUGCAGUAAAGAGUACGGUCUAGCACCCGCAUUGGAAGCCGUCUUCACUCACGGCAUCCGCACUUCUGGUGUAUUCCAACGACGUCGGCUCUACGCCUGGGACUUUUUCGAACGUUUUGUCGAGCACCAGAGUCGAGGCACAAGCGGUGAUUACACACAAACCAGGCCAGUAGAAGUGGAAAGACUCGACACCGCACCUAUGCGCAUCGGCGGUUUUGAUUUCGAGGCUUUCAAAAUGGUUGAUUCAAAUAAGUGA